GUGGCACACGGGCUUAGUUACUCUGCAGCAUGUGGGAUCUUCCCGGACCAGGGCUCGAACCCGUGUCCCCUGCAUUGGCAGGCGGAUACUUAACCAUUGUGCCACCAGGGAAGUCCCAUGCUUUGUUUUAUUGUUUAGAAUGCUAAUGCUUUUAAAACUUGGGAUAAGCACUUAGUGUUUUAUUGACUUGGUUUUGUAAUUCUUUUUUUGCCCAGUUUGCAUGGUUCCUGGUCAGCAUAGAAAUGUGGAGUGUCUCGGCUGAAUCCUCGUGCAGACAAGAUCAUUAUGGUCCUGUAGUUCCAGAAUUGGGUUUACCCUCUAAAGUCAUCUGUGAGUUUAUUCUGGUUUAGCUUGGAGACCGAGUUUCUACUCAUAAAUCAUCCUUGAAGUUGCCUGAUAGCUGAUGCUGUUUUAUAAGUAGAAGAGACCAGGUUGAAAAAGUGUUGUUCAACAUUAGUUGAGGGAAACAAAGCGGAAAGCCUAGAAGGAAAAGAAGAUAUUGAUUGAUCUACAUGACCAGCCUAGUUGCCGUAAAAGAAGAAUCCACCGAAGGGAAUGAUUUAAGAUCCACUGCAGGUGUGUUAGCAGCACUGCUUCUGUAACAAAAGACUCACUACAUCUUGGAAGAGAAUGGCCAUCUCCCAGGGGGCAGCCUUUUUCAUGCUGGUAGUGUCCUGUGUUUGCAGCACUGUCUUCCGCAGAGACCAGCAGACUUGGUUUGAGGGUGUCUUCCUGUCUUCCAUGUGCCCCAUCAAUGUCAGUGCCAGCACCUUGUAUGGAAUUAUGUUUGAUGCAGGGAGCACUGGAACUCGAAUUCAUGUUUACACCUUUGUGCAGAAAUUACCAGGACAGCUUCCGAUUCUGGAAGGGGAAAUUUUUGAUUCUGUGAAUCCAGGACUUUCUGCUUUUGUAGAUCAACCUAAGAAGGGUGCUGAGACUGUUCAAGAACUCUUAGAGGUGGCCAAAGACUCAAUCCCUCGAAGUCACUGGAAGAGAACGCCAGUGGUCCUGAGGGCAACAGCGGGACUGCGCUUACUGCCAGAAAAGAAAGCCCAGGCUCUGCUCUUUGAGGUAAAAGAGAUCUUCAAGAAGUCACCUUUCCUGGUACCAGAUGACAGUGUUAGCAUCAUGGAUGGAUCUUAUGAAGGCAUAUUAGCUUGGGUUACUGUGAAUUUUCUGACAGGUCAGCUGCAUGGCCGCAGCCAGGAGACUGUGGGGACUCUGGACCUGGGGGGUGCCUCCACCCAAAUCACAUUCCUGCCGCAGUUUGAGAAAACCCUGGAACAAACCCCUAGAGGCUACCUCACUUCCUUUGAGAUGUUUAACAGCACUUAUAAGCUCUAUACACAUAGUUACUUGGGAUUUGGAUUGAAGGCUGCAAGACUAACAACUCUGGGAGCCCUGGAGACAGAAGGAAUUGAUGGACACACUUUCCGCAGUGCCUGUCUCCCGAGAUGGCUGGAAGCAGAGUGGAUCUUUGGGGGUGUGAAAUACCAGUAUGGUGGCAACCAAGGAGGCAGGUGAUAUUUUUUCACUGGGGAGGUGGGCUUUGAGCCCUGCUACGCUGAAGUGCUGAGGGUGGUCCAAGGAAAACUUCAUCAGCCAGAUGAGGUCCAGAGAAGCUCCUUCUACGCUUUCUCUUACUAUUAUGACCGAGCUGUUGACACAGACAUGAUUGAUUAUGAAAAGGGGGGUGUUUUAAAAGUUGAAGAUUUUGAAAGGAAAGCAAGGGAAGUAUGUGAUAACCUGGAAAACUUCACCUCAGGAAGUCCUUUCCUGUGCAUGGAUCUCAGUUACAUCACAGCCUUGUUGAAGGAUGGCUUUGGCUUUGCAGGCGGCACCGUCUUACAGCUCACAAAGAAAGUGAACAACAUAGAGACAGGCUGGGCCUUGGGGGCCACCUUUCACCUGCUGCAGUCUCUGGGCACCUCCCACUGAG